GAUUUCUGGGAAAAGGAACGUCUCCCUCUGCUCUGUGCGAGGCAAGUAAAUAACUUCUGGAUUUCCAGUCAAAGAGCUAUGCGGGGGUGCGCUCAGCUGUAAAUUAGGAAACGGAGGAAACGCAACCUAAGACUCAAAUAAAGUUAUACCGCGUCUUCACAGCUAUGGCAUCUGGGAAAAUUCGCUCCACGCGCAGACUUCGCGCUUGGAUGGUAGAACAGGUCAGCAGUGGGAAGUACCCUGGCCUGAUAUGGGACGACGACGACAAGACCAUGUUUCGUAUACCAUGGAAACACGCCGGGAAACAAGAAUUCCGCAGCGAAGUGGAUGGUGCCAUCUUCAAGGCGUGGGCAGUGUUUAAGGGGAAGUUGUCUGAGGGGUGUAAUGCGGACCCUGCCUCCUGGAAGACGCGGCUGCGAGUUGCUCUCAAUAAGAGCCCAGAGUUCAGAGAGGAACCUGAGAGGUCACAGCUGGAAAUCUCCGAACCAUACAAAGUCUACCGCCUCGUACCCAUCAACGAACAAGCAUUGGGGAGUGUUGACAUGAAGGUCCAAGCCAGAGCAGGGGGGAGGAAGAGAAGGAGCCGCAAUUCAGACAUCGAGGCGGAGGAAGAUGUGGUGAAGGUCAAGCACAUGAAAGAGGUUACCACCUCCCUACCAAUCACCAUGUCUGUUCAGGAGAUUGAGGAAAGUGUUCUUACAAUCCAGCUAGACCAGGUUGAUCAGCCCUCGGUCAUGGUGAAGAGUGCUGGGACAGUCAAUGAGAUCCAGGUGAACUUCACGAUCGAGACCGUCCCUCCCCCUGGAGCCCGGGACUCUUUCCAUGUCUUAGUGAAGUACAUGGGAGAGGAGGUGCUUAAACGUGGGGUCAUGGGCAGCGAUGUCCGGAUUGCCUAUCUGCCCUCUUCGCCCGUUCCCCCCACCCUGAUGGUGGCUGGGUUCCCCCGCAUCCCCCUGCCCGAUCCCCCUUCCACCUUGACCUCCAGCAUCGGGCCCCAGUUCCAGGCCCUCUCCACCCUGCUGCCCUUCAUGGAGAAAGGGGUGAUCCUGACCUCCACGAGAACAGGGGUCUAUGCUAAGCGCUACUGCCAGGGCCAGGUGUUCUGGACAGGGCCACAUUCAGCCACGGCUGGACCGCACAAGAUGAACCAUGCUGUGGAGCCCGUGCGGCUCUUCGAUAGAGAGGCUUUCAGAAUGAAACUAGACCACUUCAGCAGCCACGGGGGAGACCCUCCUCAGUGUGGCUUCACCUUGUAUUUCAGUGACAAAGAGGACCCAUCCAGCAAACUCAUCAUCACACAGAUAACCCUACCCUGGGCUCAGCAGCAGGUCAAGGAAGCUGAAGACUUCCGGGAGUCAAUGACCUACUUCCGCAACAUAACCAGCGAAUCAGGAGAGGUCACCAUCAACCUGGUAUCAGGUUCAUUGCUAUCCGAGAUCCUUGGGACGUCCCUACCUUAAACAUUUAAAAAUGUCAACUUCAAAUAGGGGCGGGAUAGCACGUAAAAGUGGCCUUUAGCAUCCAAUCACAGGACAUCUUGUAUAAUUGACUAGUCUUCUACUCCUUGUUGCAGUCUUUGAAUGCUGACUGGUACUGCAUCAGACACCUCUGUGUCCAAAUGUUGCAUACAUAGGUGUACCUGUUGACCAAGUUGUUUUAAGUAGCAUAUGAGAGAAACACUGACAGGCUCUGAAGCCAUAGUAGGCUGAAGGUCAGUGAUUUGAUCAUCACCAUGCCAACCGUUAUGAGGCGGGAAACAAACUUGUCUUCGUUUUCUGUUUCUGAAAGUGGUAACGCACAUUUCUAUAGAGGACAUUAAUAUUCCUAGAUUUUGAAGCAGGCUCCUUCACUGGAGACAUUGGACUCUUAAAUGUGUUUGCAAGUAUGUAUUCAAGAGCAAGUGAGUUUGUUUUGCAUUUGUUAAUCUUCUCUCCAUAACUCAGCACUUACUACUAGUCCCAACCGUAGGAAGUUAGUGUUAAUGAGAUUGGCCCAGUUUUGCAUGGCAGGUCACUUUACAGGUUUACCCAAUGAGUAAAUUACACAAGCCACAGUAUAAAGCAGGUGUGGAGACUGUUCUAGGGACCAUGUCUGAAAGGUUGUUUUCUGCACCUUUGAACUGGCAAUCUGUCGUUCGAUCUUGCUCUAUUGCACAAAUCAAGUAUGUUUAUAUAUAAGGUCUACUUAAGCCGUUAAGUGCACAAGGCGAUGGCCGGCCAGCCGGCCUCGUCAGACUUUUUAGAGCGUGGUUAGAGCGUUGGACUAGUAACCGAAAGGUUGCAAGUUCGAAUCCCCGAGCUGACAAGGUACAAAUCUGUCGUUCUGCCCCUGAACAGGCAGUUAACCCACUGUUCCUAGGCAGUCAUUGAAAAUAAGAAUUUGUUCUUAACUGACUUAGCUAGUAAAAUAAAGGUAAAAAAAAGGAAGAAAAAACAAGUAGAAAUUAAUGUGAAUUGAUAUUUAUAUGAACAUAGCACAUGAACACUUGAAGUAGUUUGUAGAUGUAGUUUAAUAAAUGUAUAUAAGGUUACACAAAGCAUUGGGACAGGAUGCACAUAAUGUGAUGCCAUUAGCAGUCAGUGAACUAUGAGUACAGCUUUGUCAGUUGUAAGUGGGUUAACAACAUGGCUACUGGGUUUGACAAGGCACACUGACUGAGAGACCGGAAGACUGCACAGAUUUGUCAAACUGUAAAUAUGUUAUUUAUGCUUGUCUUUUAUUCCAUGUUCUGUCUGACCGCAUUAAAUGUAUUUCAUAUUA